UAUCCCCGCUCCAUUUUUUGUUUACACAUUUCUCCCCCCCUUCUUUUAUUCUUCAAUAGUCAUGUCCGAAGUCGAACAGCAAAACGUCAAGUUGGCCACUGCUGGCUUUGAUGCUCGUUUCCCCAACACCAACCAGACCAAGCACUGCUGGCAAAACUACGUUGAUUACUUCAAGUGCAUUGACGCUCGUGGUGAAGACUUCGCUCCCUGCAAGCAAUUCUACCGCGCCUACCACAGCUUGUGCCCCAACUCCUGGAUCGAGAAGUGGGACGCUCAGAGAGAAGAAGGCACCAACCCCUCCAACUUCAAGGUUUAAAACGAUGGGCAAAGCUUUUUUUCUUCCUGUAUGUAGAGGUGCAUUUUUUUUGUGACUAAACGGACCAGAAAAAACCAAGAGAAGAGAAAAACUUGCAAUGUGUAAUAUUUAUGGACAUUAUGAACACUGAUGGAAAAUUUCAUUUCAUUUUCUUUCAAUUAACAU